CGCGUGCGGCUUGCCCGGGCAGUAGGAAUCCGGACCCCUAACGCGGCCGCGCUCUUCCUCGCUCAUCCGCGCCUCGCUCGGCCACUCGCCUGCCCGGCUCGCGGGGCCUCCACGCCCGCCCGCGUGCCCGCCGGCUCCCGGCGCCGCCCCGCAGUUCGAGCCCCCGAGCGCGGAGCCCUCGCUGCAGCCGCUGCCUGGCCAGCGGGCCGCUGCCGCCGCGCGGUGACUCCUGGACCGGCUGCCCCUGCCAUAGCUCACAGUACCCUUAAGGCUCCUUGCAUCCUUGCAUCCUUGCAUCCCUGGGAGGCAGCCCUCCAGGGCAGGAAGCAGACCUUUGGGACAGGAAGCAGACCUCCAGGACACCCUUCCUGGCCUCCUGAACCAGUUGCCACAACAAACAUCUGGGAAGACGUUGAAUAUGGGAGAUGUGAAGCUGGUUGCCUCAUCACAUGUUUCCAAAACCUCCCUGAGUGUGGAUCCUUCAAGGACUGGCUCCGCACCGCUGAUGGAGGCCCCUGCUUUCAUUCUGCCCCCUCGGAACCUCUGCGUCAAAGAAGGAGCCACAGCCAAGUUUGAAGGGAGGGUCCGAGGUUACCCAGAGCCCCAGGUGACAUGGCACAGAAAUGGGCAACCCAUUUCCAGUGGAGGCCGCUUCCUGCUGGACUGCGGUGUCCGGGGGACUUUCAGCCUUAUCAUUUGUGCUGUCUGUGGGGAGGACCAGGGAAAGUACACCUGUGAAGCCAGCAAUGGCAGUGGUGCCCGCCAGCUGACAGUGGAGCUGACAGUGGAAGAGAGUUUUGCGAAGAAGCCUGGUCAUCCUGUUGUUUCCAAAACUCUGGGGGACAGAUUUUCAGCCUCAGCAGUGGAAACUCGUCCUAGCAUCUGGGGCGAAUGCCCACCAAAGUUUGCUACCAAGUUGGGCCGAGCGGUGGUCAAAGAAGGACAAAUGGGGCGAUUCUCCUGCAAGGUCACUGGCCGUCCCCAACCUCAGGUCACCUGGCUCAAGGGAAAUGUCCCACUGCAGCCGAGCGCCCGUGUGUCUAUGUCAGAGAAGAAUGGGAUGCAGGUCCUGGAAAUCCAUGAGGUCACCCAGGAUGAUGUGGGCAUGUACACGUGCAUGGUGGUGAAUGGGUCAGGAAAGGCCUCCAUGUCGGCAGAGCUCUCCAUCCCAGGUUUGGACAGUGCCAGCAGGUCCUUUGUGAGAGGAACAAAGGCCCCCAAUGCAGACAUCAGGAGGGAGGUGACCAAUGGAAUCACAAAGGGGCUGAAACUGGACAGCAUGGAGACAAUGGCCGGAAGUAAGACUAGCCUACACAAAAGUGGCUCUCUGGCCUGGGUCGCAAACAGCCCAUCACAUGAGCCUAAACCAGAGCUAUGUGGGGACUCCCCCAGAAAGGUCCUACAGACUCCCCUUCUACAGAAGACUCCCAGCACCAUCACUCUGCAGGCCUCAAAAGUCCAGGCAGAACCCAGAGCACCAGCCGUGGGGGCUCUGUCUCUUUCCGGAGAAGAGAAGAAGAGACCAGCUGCUGCCCGGCCAAGCACCCUCCCCACCAGAUGGUCUGGCCUGGAAAGCCCAGAAGUUGUGAGCACAGUUGCCACUCGGAAAACCCCCAUGGAGAGCCAGAGAGAGUCAACAUUGCCCCAGUUUGAGAGCAAGCCCCAAAGCCUGGAAGUCUGUGAACAUGAAGCAGUCAAGUUCAGGUGUGAUGUUUCAGGGUUCCCGAAACCUGAAGUGGCCUGGUUCCUGGAAGGCAUGCCUGUGCGGACAAGAGAAGGCACCACUGAAGUUUAUGAGGAUGGGGGAUCCUAUUACUUCUGCCUUCUGAGAGCCCGGACCAGAGACAGUGGACGGUACAGCUGCACAGCUUCCAACAGCCGAGGCCAGGUGUCCUGCAGCUGGACCCUCCGAGUGGAAAAGCCGGCUGCCAUGAAGGUGGCUCCCUCCUUCUCCAGUGUCCUGAAGGACUGCACGGUCAUUGAGGGCCAGGAUUUUGUGCUGCAGUGCUCCGUGCAGGGGAGCCCAGUGCCCCAAAUCACUUGGCUACUCAAUGGGCAGCCUAUCCAGUACGCGCACUCCACCUGCCGGGCUGGCGUGGCUGAGCUCCGGGUCCAGGACACUCUGCCAGAGGACGAUGGCAUCUAUACCUGUCUGGCUGAGAACGCCUCAGGCCAAGUGUCCUGCAGCGCCAGGGUCACUGUCCAUGAAAAGAAGAGUGACGGGAAGAGUGGCCUUUCACCCCUGGCUCCCACCAAGCCCACUGCACCCAUCUUCCUGCAGGGCCUUUCUGAUCUUCGAGUCAUGGACGGAAGCCAGGUCACCAUGACAGUCCAGGUGUCAGGGAAUCCGCCCCCCGAGGUCAUCUGGCUUCACAACGGGAAUGAGAUCCAGGAGUCAGAGGACUUCCACUUUGAACGGAGAGGCACCCGGCACAGUCUCUGCAUCCAGGAGGUGUUCCCGGAGGACACGGGCACGUAUACCUGCGAGGCCUGGAACAGUGCCGGGACAGUUCGCACCCAGGCCAUGCUCACGGUGCAAGAGCCACAAGAUGGCACCCAGCCCUGGUUCAUUAGCAAGCCUCGCUCGGUGACAGCCUCCCUGGGCCAGAAUGUCCUCAUCUCCUGCGCCAUUGCUGGUGACCCCUUUCCCAGCGUGCAUUGGCUCCGAGAUGGCAAAGCCCUCUCCAAAGACACUGGCCACUUGGAGGUGCUACAGAAUGAGGAUGUGUUCACCCUGGUUCUGAAGAACGUGCAGCCUUGGCACGCUGGCCAGUAUGAAAUCCUGCUCAGGAACCAGGUUGGGGAAUGCAGUUGCCAGGUGUCGCUGAUGCUACAGAGCAGCCCUGCCAGCCCCCUCUUUCGGGGGCGGGAGCCUGCCAGCUGUGAGGGCCUCUGUGGUGGAGGAGUUGGUGCUGAUGGUGGCGGUGACUGUGAUGGGACCCUGAGGCCUGGCUGGCUAGCAAGAGGGCAGGGUUGGCUGGAGGAGGAAGACGCUGAGGACGUGCGGGGGGUGCUAAAGAGGCGAGUGGAGACCAGGCUGCACACAGAGGAGGCGAUCCGCCAGCAGGAGGUGGAGCAGCUGGAUUUCCGUGACCUACUGGGGAAGAAGGUGAGCACCAAGACCGUCUCAGAAGAAGACCUCAAGGAGAUCCCAGCUGAGCAGAUGGAUUUCCGCGCCAACCUACAGCGGCAAGUGAAGCCAAAGACUGUGUCCGAGGAAGAGAGGAAGGUGCAUAGUCCCCAACAGGUCGACUUCCGUUCUGUGCUGGCCAAGAAGGGGACUCCUAAAACCCUUGGGCCUGAGAAGGCACCACCUCCAAAACCUGCCACCCCAGAUUUCCGCUCAGUGCUGGGCAGCAAGAAGAAAUCACCAGCAGAGAAUGGCAGCAGCAGUGCUGAGGCCCAAAAUGCCAAAGCCACAGAAGUUCCCACGCCUGUGAUCAAUGCAGAGCCUGCAGGGGCCCUGAAACCCAUGGGCAACGCCAAGCCUGCCGAGACCCUGAAACCCAUGGUCAAUGCCAAGCCUGCUGAGACCUUAAAACCUGUGGGCAGUGCCAAGCCAGCUGAGACCCUGAAACCCAUGGGCAACACCAAGCCAGCUGAGACCCUGAAACCCACGGGCAAUGCCAAGCCUGCCGAGACCCUGAAACCCAUGGGCAAUGCCAAGCCUGCCGAGACCCUGAAACCCAUGGGCAAUGCCAAGCCUGCUGAGACCCUGAAACCCGUGGGCAACACCAAGCCAGCUGAGACCUUGAAACCAUCCGGGAAAGAAGAACUCAAGAAGGAAGUUAAGAAUGAUGUGAACUACAAGAGAGGGCAUGCAGGAGCCACAGAUUAUGAGAAAAGACCAGAGAGCCAAGAGACGGCCCCAACCUUCACAGAGAAGCUACAAGAUGUCCGUGUGGCAGAGGGUGAAAAACUGCUACUCCAGUGCCAGGUGUCCUCUGACCCUCCGGCCACUGUCACUUGGACACUGAAUGGAAAGACACUCAAGACCACCAAGUUCAUCAUCCUCUCUCAAGAAGGCUCACUGUGCUCUGUCUCCAUCCAGAAGGCUCUGCCCGAGGACAAGGGCCUGUACAAGUGCGUAGCAAAGAACAGCGCUGGCCAGGCAGAGUGUUCCUGCCAAGUCACCGUGGACGAUGCACCAGCCAGUGAGAACACCAAGGCCCCGGAGAUGAAAUCCCGGAGGCCCAAAAGCUCUCUUCCUCCUGUGCUGGGAACAGAGAGUGAUGCAACUGUGAAAAAGAAACCCACCCCCAAGACAUCUCCGAAGGCAGCGAUGCCCCCUCAGAUCACCCAGUUCCCUGAGGACCAGAAGGUGCGGGCGGGAGAACCUGUGGAGCUGCUUGGGAAAGUGACCGGCACCCAGCCCAUCACCUGCACCUGGAUGAAGUUCCGAAAGCAGAUCCAGGACAGCGAGCACAUCAAGGUAGAGAACAGCGAGGGCAGCAGCAAGCUCACCAUCCUGGCCGCGCGCCAGGAGCACUGCGGCUGCUACACGCUGCUGGUGGAGAACAAGCUGGGCAGCAGGCAGGCCCAGGUCAACCUCACGGUCGUGGACAAGCCAGACCCCCCAGCUGGCACGCCUUGUGCCUCUGAUAUCCGGAGCUCCUCCCUGACCCUGUCCUGGUAUGGCUCUUCCUACGAUGGAGGCAGUGCCGUACAGUCCUACAGCGUUGAAAUCUGGGAUUCAGUGGACAAGAUGUGGAAGGAAUUAGCCACAUGCCGCAGCACCUCUUUUAACGUCCAGGACCUGCUGCCUGACCGAGAGUAUAAAUUUCGUGUACGUGCGAUCAAUGUGUAUGGAACAAGCGAGCCAAGCCAGGAGUCUGAGCUCACCACGGUGGGAGAGAAACCCGAGGAGCCCAAGGAUGAAGUGGAGGUGUCAGAUGACGAUGAGAAGGAGCCUGAAGUCGACUAUCGGACGGUGACUGUCAACACUGAACAAAAAGUAUCUGACUUGUACGACAUUGAAGAACGACUGGGAUCUGGGAAAUUUGGACAAGUCUUUCGACUUGUAGAAAAGAAAACUGGAAAAAUCUGGGCAGGGAAAUUCUUCAAGGCAUAUUCAGCAAAAGAGAAAGAGAACAUCCGGGAGGAGAUCAGCAUCAUGAACUGCCUCCACCAUCCCAAGCUAGUCCAGUGUGUGGAUGCCUUCGAGGAAAAGGCCAACAUCGUCAUGGUGCUGGAGAUCGUGUCAGGUGGCGAGCUGUUUGAGCGGAUCAUUGACGAGGACUUCGAGCUGACGGAGCGGGAAUGCAUCCAGUACAUGAGGCAGAUCUCGGAGGGGGUGGAGUACAUCCACAAGCAGGGCAUCGUGCACCUGGACCUCAAGCCUGAGAACAUCAUGUGUGUCAACAAGACGGGCACCAGAAUCAAGCUCAUCGACUUCGGUCUGGCCCGGAGGCUGGAGAAUGCGGGGUCUCUGAAGGUCCUCUUUGGCACCCCAGAGUUUGUGGCUCCUGAAGUGAUCAACUAUGAACCUAUCGGCUACGCCACGGACAUGUGGAGCAUCGGGGUCAUCUGCUAUAUCCUGGUCAGCGGCCUUUCUCCCUUCAUGGGUGACAACGACAAUGAGACCUUAGCCAAUGUUACCUCAGCCACCUGGGACUUCGAUGAUGAGGCGUUUGACGAGAUCUCUGAGGAUGCCAAGGACUUCAUCAGCAACUUGCUGAAGAAAGAUAUGAAAAACCGCCUGAACUGUACCCAGUGUCUUCAGCAUCCAUGGCUCAUGAAAGAUACUAAAAACAUGGAGGCCAAGAAGCUGUCCAAGGACCGGAUGAAGAAGUAUAUGGCAAGAAGGAAAUGGCAGAAAACGGGCAAUGCUGUGAGAGCCAUUGGAAGACUGUCCUCUAUGGCAAUGAUCUCGGGGCUCAGUGGCAGGAAGUCCUCAACAGGAUCACCAACCAGCCCCCUCAAUGCAGAGAAACUAGAAUCUGAAGAAGAUGUCUCCCAGGCUUUCCUUGAGGCCGUAGCUGAGGAAAAGCCCCACGUGAAACCCUAUUUCUCUAAGACAAUUCGAGACUUGGAAGUCGUGGAGGGAAGUGCUGCUAGAUUCGACUGCAAGAUUGAAGGAUACCCGGACCCUGAGGUCGUCUGGUUCAAAGAUGACCAGUCAAUCAGAGAGUCACGCCACUUCCAGAUAGACUACGAUGAGGAUGGGAACUGCUCUUUGAUUAUUAGUGAUGUCUGUGGGGAUGACGAUGCCAAGUACACCUGCAAGGCUGUCAACAGUCUUGGAGAAGCCACCUGCACGGCAGAGCUCAUUGUGGAAACCAUGGAGGAAGGAGAAGGGGAGGGGGAAGAGGAAGAAGAGGAAGAGUGAAACAAAGCCAGGGAGAAGCAGUGUCUAAGUCAUUUUAAAAGGACUAUUUUUCUAAAGCUCAAAAAACUCCAGACAGUAAAUAAAGGCACCUAGUGUGGUAGGUUAUCUAGUUAGGUCAUGUGGGGGUUGAUUCAUCAGCAACAGCAAUUGAUACUUAGUACCGUUACUGGUGGGCAUUAGUAUGAAUUAGCUGACACCUGCAGAUAAAGUGUGGCUACAUUUCAUUUAGGGAAAUCACCAGCAACUUGCAUGACCAAUUGGCUUUAGGGAAAAAGUAACCAAAAGUAUUUAUCCCGGCAAAGUCAUGAAUGCAGCCAUGAGUAUCAAGGCCACAUCUGGGCUCUGUGCCCGGUGGCCCUGCUCAGCCCAGAAGGCCCCUGGAGACAGGUGGCCUCUCUCCCUAGCCUCUGGUUCCAGAGAACUGGGUCUUCUCCAACACUGCAGCAUUUCAUUCUGAAAGCAGCUGAGCCAUUCUGCCUUCCAGGGCAUAUUUUUUCCAAAGCUCACUGUAGAAAUCCACACUCUUUAUUCCUCUCCCCUAUUUCACCUGCAAGCUUUUCUGGAUCUGAAUUUGUCAUAAAUUUCGGCACUAGGGACAUUAACUGUGCUUCAUAGAUUGUGAAGAAAAGAACCCUGCUCACGGCUGACUCUUUUCUUCUAAAAUCAGUAGGGAAUCUAAACUAAACUUAGCCCCUCUUUUCAAGUGUCUAGCAGCUUCCAACUUUUCAGUAAGAACCCGUGGGGGCGUGGGGCAGGUCCUUGCUGAUGUGCUUUUCUUCUUCAGCCAGGAUUCAGAUUUGUGCUGUUACUGGGUAUCAGCCUGCAUGCGUGGUAAAGAUUUUUGUGUCUGAAUGUGGAAAAAAAAAGCAGUUUGCUGAAAUGUUAAUCUUGAUUAUUUAUUGGGCACUAUGAAAUGUAUUUCAACUCAUGAACAGCUGCAGAGCUCCUUUACUUUGGAAUUGUCUAGUCUGAGUUUAAUACAUCUUUACUCUCCACACGUCCGAAGAGCUCAGCCUACCAUAGGGUUCCACGCUAUUUUCCUUUCUGACUACCCAUCAAUCAUGCCUCGCCCCCAGUUUUGAAAUAUAUUCUUAGACCUGACAAAUGCACUCAGACUUGCAUCUGUAGGAAUUUUUAACUUUUUUCACUACAUUGGCACUUAAAUUUUUUCUUUAUAAAACUUUUUGGUCACAGACCAUAAACAAAUACCAUAAAUGGAUAUAUCUAGUACAUUUCCUCUGUGUGUGUGUGUAUGUGUGUAUAACAUUCCAAGUACUCUUUUCUUUUCCACUGUUUGUAAAGUGCAGCAACUUAAUAUUCCAAUGGUUUUUCUAAUAGCUCCUUAUGAACCAAUCUUAAAUUACUUCUGUGCAAUCCUAGCAAGUAUCAAUGUUAGAAUUUUGAUAUUACUUAAUCUUAUGUUAUCUUCCAUUCUAUUGUUAGCUACAUUUUCAAAUUGCCAGUAUUUUUCCUUUUUUGCUUUUUAAACAGUUACAGUAUUUUUCAUUAUAACCACAGUAUUGCCACAAUUUAUUAUAAUAAAGGGGUUUUAAUUUGAUUUAGACCAAAGUGUUUUUUCAUCACUUCAGUUGUGUUUAGAAUAUAAUUUUGUGUGUGUGUAUGUAUGUUGUGUGUAUGUGCAUGGGUGUUAUAUACAUGUGUUUACAGCUUUAUGCCUUCUUGGGAUUGUGUUAAUGUUCUUUUGGUUUAUUAUGCCAUCAGAAUGGUAAAUCAGAACACUACAAAUGUAGUUAGCUCACAGUUUUUAAAUAAAGGAUACCACAGUGCA